AUGAGCGACCUUAACGGCAACGAGGCCGAGAAAAACAUCGAGAUAUGGAAGGUGAAGAAGCUGAUCAAGCGGCUUGAGGCCGCGCGCGGAAAUGGCACUAGCAUGAUUUCUCUGAUCAUCCCGCCGAAGGAUCAGAUCUCGCGUGUCGCGAAGAUGCUUGCUGAAGAAUACGGUACCGCGUCGAACAUCAAGUCCCGUGUCAACCGUCAGUCCGUGCUUUCGGCUAUCACAUCGACCCAGCAGCGUCUGAAGCUGUACAACAAGGUCCCGCCGAACGGCCUUGUCAUCUACUGCGGUGAAAUCUUGACGUCGGAGGGCAAGGAGCGCAAGGUCAACAUUGAUUUCGAGCCGUUCAAGCCCAUCAACACAUCGCUCUACCUCUGCGACAACAAGUUCCAUACUGAGGCACUUGCUGAGCUGUUGGAGUCCGACCAGAAGUUCGGUUUCAUCGUCAUGGACGGUAACGGCGCGCUGUUUGGUACGCUGAGCGGCAACACUCGCGAGGUGGUCCAGAAGUUCACUGUCGAUCUCCCCAAGAAGCACGGCCGUGGUGGUCAGUCCGCUCUGCGUUUCGCCCGUCUGCGUGAGGAAAAGCGCCACAACUACGUGCGCAAGGUGGCCGAACUGGCUGUUCAGAACUUCAUCACCAACGACAAGGUCAACGUGGCCGGUAUUGUGCUGGCUGGUUCGGCUGACUUCAAGAACGAUCUCAACGCGUCCGACAUGUUCGACCCGCGUCUGCAAGCCAAGGUCAUCAAGGUCGUCGACGUCUCGUACGGUGGCGAGAACGGCUUCAACCAGGCUAUCGAGCUGUCGUCCGAGACGCUCGGCAACGUCAAGUUCAUCCAGGAGAAAAAGCUGAUCGGCAAGUACUUCGAGGAGAUCAGCCAGGAUACCGGCCGUGUGUGCUACGGCAUCGACGACACGCUCAAGGCUCUUGAGCUGGGUGCCGUUGAGACGCUGAUUGUGUUCGAGAACUUGGAGGUCACCCGGUGGACACUCAAGGACAGUAACGGCACCGAGCACAUCCUGCACACGACCAAGCAGCAGGAGCAGGAUCGGUCCAAGUUUAUUGACAAGGAAACGGGUCAGGAGAUGGAGGUGGUCUCGCAGGAGUCGUUCCUGGAGUGGAUCGCCGAGCACUACAAGGACUUUGGCACGACGCUCGAGUUCGUGUCGGACAAGUCGACUGAGGGCAACCAGUUCGUCAAGGGCUUUGGCGGUAUUGGCGGCAUCCUCCGGUACAAGGUCAACUUUGAGCAGCUAGCCGACUUUGACGACGAUGACGAGUACUAUGACGAUUGA